UCUGAGUGCUCAAAAUCUGCACAGAGCUUGUCAACGGAUCAUACAGGAAGUGUCGGGAGAAAUGAGUGACGCAAGGAUGAACAGUCAAUAUGUUUUGUUGUCAUACAGAGAGCCUUACUGGGGUGUAUCAUUUUGAUUACAAUUUGGCAAAUCAUAUUUCAGAGAGCCAUGAUGAAUUUUGAGAACAGCGCCCCUUGUUGGACAAUCAGCGGCAAUGCAAGUAAAAAGAAGAGAGUAAAUUGUCUUUUUUUAUAUAUGCUGAUGACCUACAAUGCCUAGAGUGUUAUUAGUUGAGAUCUGAGUUGCAUUGGUAAUGUUUUUGACAAUGCUAAAAAUUGUAAUUUAAAAAUGUAUAAACCGUUUAGCCAAUUCCAGUUCAACACAACUGUUCAACACAAUUAUAGGCCUAUCUUUGGAGCCAACAGAUGUAAAAAUUAUUAAACUGAACGAGGAGGUAAUGACUUAAAAUUGUAUUGUUAAAAUAAUGUGGAGAUUUACCAAAUGACAUAAUUACUUGUAAUCGUCUGAUAUAAUGCAUGGACAUAGAAACAAAAUGACUUCCUCUAUUUUCAUUCAAACUAAGAAAUAAUCCAGCAGUUGGAGUGUUUCUCCUUUUAAUCAAAGUCGCAUUGAUGAACAAAUGCAGUGCACUAAUAUUAUUGUUGUAGUGAGCUUUUAAAUGGACCUCCAAUACACAGCGUGUGAAGCAGAAGAAUUAACGUUUUCACACCUGUUGACGCACAAAAGACCGCUGGUUUCGAUACACGACGACGCUGAGACAUGAACCCCUUUAAACUCCCCCUAAGCGAGUAUGGAUCACAGGGGAACUUCAAAGAGCCCAAAUACCCCAUAGACCAUCAAAAGACUGCAAGUUUCUAUAAGUAAACUUAGUUGGUCAGCUAUGACUUUCAUUCUGCAGAGAGCUGUGUGGGAGAAACAUCUCGAGACAUAAGAUUUACUGCGUGCUGGAUUAUAACUCACUGUUUUAGAUAUGAUGCUGUUUGUGUGUGGGAUUCUCGCGCUGUGGGUCGCUUCAGUGCGCCCUGCAGCAUCCUUCCCUGGAUUUCACGAGGCGUUCAGGAAUAGGAUGCGCGAGGCUGGCAGGAGCGCCGGAGGUCAGGCGGGUCACAGCCGCCACACGAACCGAUAUCCGCUUUAUAUGUUGCACCUCUACCGUAGCCUUCUGACUGGAGACGAGAGACACAUGAGCCACGAGAAUCCAACUUUAUACGAUUCCGAUUCAGUCUUGAGUCUCGUCGCCAAAAGUUUCCAUCAGGUUGGUGACAAAUGGGCAGUGACAUUUGACAUGUCCUCCAUAUCAACAAAAGACAACGUCCAGCGGUCUGAACUUCGGAUUCGCCUUCCAGAAUUCCCAUCCGCCGGCGACAUAGAGGUGGAUAUCUACCACUCAUCCAAACGGGAGUGUGACCGGAACCCAUGCGUCGAAGGGCGGCUUCACCUCGGCCGUGUGAAGGCCAAACCGAACGACCCGGGCUCCCAUUCCUCCUGGAAGGUUUUCAACAUCACAGCACUUCUUAAGUACUGGCUGCAUCAGGGUGAGACAAUGGUCGUUGAGGAAAACGCCCAGAUGUCUGCGGUGGAUAAGGAAGCGGAUGCAGGAAAGAGUGUCCACCAUUCCACUGCAAACAGGGUUAUGAUGGUGGUCUACUCCAAACUGAACCAGGCGAAGACAUCCACCCUCAUCAAGACUGCUGAACUCUCCAAGUAUGUGGCUUUGGACCGGGUCAGUGGUGGAGGUGAAUCUAUGACCCGACGUCACAAGAGGAACCACAGAUCUGGUGAGAGACUGCGAGGGGGAGCAGGAUCUAGCAUGAGCGCCAGUGCUUCACAUGAUGAGGAGGAGAAGAAGUCACUUUGCAGAAAGGUGGACAUGUGGGUAGACUUCGAUCAGAUCGGCUGGAGCGACUGGAUUGUUUAUCCGAAACGCUACAAUGCGUUUCGCUGUGAGGGUAGCUGUCCUACACCUGUAGAUGAGAGCUUCACCCCAACAAACCAUGCUUAUAUGCAGAGCCUUUUAAAGCUGCACCACCCAGACCGGGUCCCAUGCCUGUCCUGCGUACCCACCCGUCUGGCUCCACUCUCCAUGCUCUACUAUGAGAAUGGGAAGAUGGUUAUGAGACACCAUGAAGGGAUGGUAGUAGGAGAAUGUGGAUGCCACUGACCUCCCCAAAUCCCAAAUGAACUCAAAAUCAGCACUUAAUUUGGAUAUGUACCUAAAUAUAUAAAAGCACAAGAGAAGAUGAUACUUCGGGAUGAAAAAGCAAAUUUCCUUCAAUGUUUUGGACAUGAACAUCUUAGUAUGAAUAUGAACUUUAAUAUUGUGCAAUAUUGUGGUAUUUUCCAUGGAAUUAUUGAGGCAUUCUGCACAGAGGCACCUGAAUAACGUGAAGCUAUUUUUGAAAGAUUAUUACUUUUUGUGUUAACGGAUUUGUAAAUAGUAAUGUAAAU